CAAUGACGUCACCAGCACGGGACGGCCGGAAGGGCUCUUUGCGCAUGCGCCGCCCCGCCCACGCCCGCCAUCUUCCGCUAGAGAAUUCCGGCUCCUGCCGCAAUGGAGAGGGUGCUCUGGAAGCUCUGGGGUUGGGGUCUCUUCGUCCCUGCAGAUUUUUGCUGACACUGAAGUCAACUAAGAACAAACAUUGCUUUAAAGUACUUCCUCAGCCCCUCCCUGCCUGCUCACCCCUCCCACUGGAAAAAAUAAUAAUAAAUCUUUUCCAGCUAUUGUGUAGAGCGUUUCGGACAAGAUAAUCUAGGACCAAGCCACAUCGGUUCUCUGCUUAACCCACUCCAUUCGACUGUUCUCCCAGCUAUGCUUCCAGAGUGCUCUGUGCAUUUCCAUGAUCAACAAACGAUGAAUAAAUCUCUGAUGUCCAGACAGUUGACAUAAUUGAAAGAAGCCAGGAAGUUCAUCAGAGACAUAUAUGGCAGGUUGCAAUCACCAACAGCAAAACAUCAACUGAGGAAACAGAUGAAUUAGGAAAAAUACUUAAUUUGAGCUUAAACCGUAUUCCAAAUAUGAUGGUAAAUGACACAAGCUAUUCAGGAAUGAGGGCUGAGGAGUUAAAUGUAAGUCAGAACAUAUUUAUCUCUAUUGAGCCUCAUGAAAUGCAGGCAGGAGGAAAACUUGAUGAUUGAAGUAUAACUGGGAAAUCUCUCGUGUGUCAUGAGUAUCUUAGUCACCAUAACAAGAUUCAUAUGGGACAGCAGCAUUUUGAAUAUAGUGGACAAGGAAAAGCUUUCAGCACUGAGGCAGAGAAGGGUCAUGGUAGAGAGACUGCAUGUACUUAUAAUGAAUAUGGGAAAUCCUGUGAUAAGUCAGCACUCUCUUCCCAGAAGAUAAAUGUUGAAUGUAAUGUAUGUGGGAAAAUGUUCUGUAAAAAGUCUAAACUUACCAAACAUCAGAAAAUACACACAAGAGACAAACCCUAUAAAUGUAUUCAAUGUGAGAAAUCCUUCAUUAGGAAAUCAUACCUUGCAAAUCAUCAGAGAACACAUACAUACACGGGAAAAACCCUUUGCAUGUACCAAAUGUGAGAAAUCCUUCUGUCAGAAGUCAAAUCUAAUUGUUCAUCAGAGAAUCCACCCAGGGGAAAAGCCCUAUGAGUGUCAUGAAUGUGGGGAAACCUUCUGCCAAAUGUCAGCCAUUAUUUAUCAUCACCGAAUACACACAGGAGAAAAACCCUAUGAAUGUAUGGAAUUUGGGAAAACCUUCUACCAGAGGUCAGCCCUCAAUGUACAUCAGAGAAUUCACACAGGUGAGAAACCAUAUGAAUGUAAAGAAUGUAGGAAAACUUUCUACCAUAAGUCAGCCCUCACGGUACAUCAGAGAACUCACACAGGUGAGAACCCAUAUGAAUGUAAAGAAUGCAGGAAAACUUUUGCUCAGAAGUCAAAACUUUCUGUAUAUCAGAGAACUCACAUGGGGAAAAACCCUAUGAAUGUAAUGAAUGUGGAAAAACAUUUUGCCUGAAUUCAGUUCUCAUUAUACAUCAAAGAACUCACUCAGGUGAGAAACCAUAUGAAUGUAAUAAAUGUGGAAAAACCUUUAGCCAGAAGUCAAAUCUCAGGAUGCAUCAGGGUACUCACACAGGGGAAAAACCCUAUGAGUGUAAUGAAUGUGGGAAAACCUUCUACCAGAAGGCAGUUCUCACUAAACAUCAGAGGACUCACACAGGGGAAAAACCCUAUGAGUAAUGAAUGUGGGAGAACUUUUAGCCAGAAGUCAAACCUGAGGAUGUAUCAGAGUACUCACACAGGGGAGAAACCCUACAAAUGUAGUGAAUGUGGAAAAUCCUUCUACCAGAAGACAGUGCUCACUAUGCAUCAGAGAACUCACACAGGAGAAAAACCCUAUGUUUGUAACAAAUGUGGAAAAACCUUUCAUCAGAGGGCGAACUACAGCAGGCAUCAGAAAACUCACAUGGGACAGAAGCCUUAUAAAUGUAAUGGAUGUAGGGAAACCUUCUUCCAGAAGUCAGCCCUCACUGUACAUGAAAGAAUUCACACAGGGAAGAAAUCCCAUGAAUGUAAUGAAUGUGGGAAAACAUUCUACCAGAAGUCAUCCCUCAUGAUACAUGAAAGAAUACACAUGGGAGAAACCAUAUCAGUGUAAAGAAUGUGGGAAAAGCUUUUGCCAGAAGUCAACCCUCAAUAGACAUGAGAUAACUCACACAGGUGAGAAACCAUAUGAAUGCAAAGAAUGUAGGCAAGCUUUCUACCAGAAGUCAGCCCUCACCGUACAUUACAGAACUCACUCAGUUGAAGAGGCCUGUUAACAUACUGAAGGUGUGAAAAGCCUUAUUAGCAAAUGAAAUCCUACAGCAUAUCAGUGGAUGCAUACAGGAAAUAAACCCUGUGCAUGUAACCAGUGUGAGAAAUCCUUCAGUCACAAGUCAAGCCUUACUGUCCAUCAGAGAAGUCACACAAGGAAAGCCCUAUGACUGUAGGAGUGUUGGAAACAGCUUUUAGUAGAAGUCAGACUUCAGGAGGCAUCAAGAAAUUCAUACAAGGGAGAAAGCUUAAGAGUAUAAUGAAUGUAGGCUGGGCGCGGUGGCUCAUGCCUGUAAUCCCAGCUCUUUGGGACGCCAAGGCGGGUGGAUCACGAGGUCAGGAGAUCGAGACCAUCCUGGCUAAGAUGGUGAAACCGUGUCUCUAAUAAAAAUACAAAAAAAUUAGCUGGGCAUGGUGGUGGGUGCCUGUAGCCCCUGCUACUCAGGAGGCUGAGGCAGGAGAAUGGCAUGAACCAGGGAGGCGGAGCUUGCAGUGAGCCAAGAUCAUGCCACUGCACUCCAGCCUGGGUGACAGAGUGAGACUCCAAUCUCAAAAAAAAAAAAAAAAAGUGUAAUGAAUGUGCAAAAUCCUUUUGUCUGAAGUAACACCUCAGCAGGUAUUAGGGAAUUCACACAAGAGAGAAAUCCUGUGUGUCAGAGACUGGCUAUGUGUUCUACAAAAUUCACCCUUUUAUCUGUUGGACACACAGACUGCAUUUCUCAGCCCCCUGUUAUCGUGGGUGCAUUAUAUAACAGCUCUGUAGUAGAAUAUGUAUGCAAGUAGCCAGGCGCAGUAGCUCACGACUGUAAUCCCAGCACUUUGGGAGGCUGAGGUGGGCAGAACACGAGGACAGGAGUUUGAGACCAGCCUGACCAACAUCGUGAAACCCUGUUUCUACUAAAAAAUAUAAAAAUUAAUAGCCAGUCAUGGUGAUGUGCACCUGUAAUCCCAGCUACUCUGGAGGCUGAGGCGGGAGAAUGGUGUGAACCCAGGAGGCAGAGGUUGCAGUGAGCUGAAAUCGUCCCAUUGCACCCCAGCCUGGGCGACAGAGCAACACUCCAUCUCAAAAAAAAAAAAAAAAUUAUGUGAGUGAUGAUCCUUACGGGCCUGGCUCUCACACAGAGUGACAUAAAGCCUUCCACAUUUUCUCAGAUCCUGUGGUACCGAAGUACUGAUGACCCCUAUGAUGGCCUUGGGAGCCAUAGGUGGGAAAAGGUGACUGCUUUAAGACUGAAGGAAUUACAUACACCUAGUAUGUCCCAACAAAAAUUAAAAAUAAAAACAUUGAACUGAUUGUCUAUCCUUGACUUACUCCUUUAGGACGUGUGUUGAUCCAUGGCAAGUGGCGCACAAAAGUGUGGCAACAUUUUUUCCGAGUACAGUAGUUUAAUGGGGAAGAACAGUAUUGAAGAACAUGUCAAAGACAGAAACAGACACCUGCUGAGGCAAGAGUCUCAGUCAUAGCCUGCCUUCAUCUCUGAAGGGACCAGGUGACCCACGGAGGGCCUCAGCAGCCUUGUCAUUGCAUGCAAUCUUCACAGACAAGAUCUCACUGCAACCACCUUUCUACAGGAGCACAGGAAACACUGGCCUCCUUCAUCCUCAGGCUGUGGUGCUGGAAAUCACCCGUCUCUGAGGCCCCUCAGGAUCGACUGAGUGACCAGCAGUGAAGUUCGUCCACCUUCUGAAUGAAUGCCAUCAUCAGACGUGAUGGAGCUCAGUGGGAUGCUGCUGCCUUCCCUCCCUUAGCUAGGAUGUCCCUGACAAAGGAUGACACCCAAGCCUCAGCAUGACCAGCCAAACUUGAGGUGGUCAUCUCAGCACUGAUGCUGGGCCAACAAUUAGCCCCAUUUGUACAUUUUUACAAACUUUUUGGCAAUUGCCAAGAAUUGUCCACCUUCCCUCCUCAUUGAAUUGAAGAAACUUCUUGUCUCAUGGAUACUCAGAAUACAAUCAAGGCUAUGAGCAGAGAUGGACGAGGUGGCUACUGCAAUGGAUCAAGGCUAUGAGCAGAGAUGGACGAGGUGGCUACUGCAAUGGAUCAAGGCUAUGAGCAGAGAUGGACGAGGUGGCUACUGCAAUGGAUCAAGGCUAUGAGCAGAGAUGGACGAGGCAGCUGCUGCAAUGGAUCAAGGCUAUGAGCAGAGAUGGACGAGGUGGCUACUGCAAUGGAUCAAGGCUAUGAGCAGAGAUGGACGAGGUGGCUACUGCAAUGGAUCAAGGUUAUGAGCAGAGAUGGACGAGGUGGCUGCUGUAAUGGAUUAAGGCUAUGAGCAUCUUGUGAAGUAGGAUGUUAAAUCUGUAAAUAUCAGAAUGAAUCCAAACUUACCAGUUCAAAACUGGAUUGUAAAACAGCUCAAAAAAGACUGAAAACACAGCUCUACACAUUAGGAGUCUGAGCCAGGCAGAUUGCUUAAGUUCAAGAGUUGGAGACAAGUCUAGGAAACAUGGAAAAACCGUCUCUACAAAAAAAAAUUAUUUUUAAUUAGCUGGGUAUGGUGGUAUGAGCCUGUGGUCCCGGCUUUUCAGGAGGCUGAGGUGAGAGGAUUGCUUGAGCCCAGAAGGUAGAGGCUGCAGUGAGCUCUGAUCACGCCACUGCCUAGGUGACAGAGUGAGACCCGUCUCAAAAACAAACAAACAAAAAUAACAAACAAAAACAGCUCUAAACGAAGGUGGCUAGAAAAGUAGCUCAAGUUGUUCCUGUCUGGUUAAACACAAACAUAAAUGAACUACUUAUGUGCCCAGUGGCUUCAUAAUGCUGAGAGCAAAGUCAAUUAUUCUAGCAGGUUCUAGAAAACUUCAUCAUAUCAUGGGGUUCAAUGAAAAUAUCAAAUCAUAAAUAAUCAAAUCUGAAAGUGAAUCUAGUUUCAAAGACCUCAGAAGCCACUGUGUAGGAAGCUCCUUUCAGAUAGAGACAAGGGAUUAUCUGACUUCUCUAUCUUUCAAUAAGAGAAGAUUAUUUCAAUAUUUGAAUUAAGAUUAUUUCAAUAUUUUAAUUGAAAUAAGAUUAUUUCAACAUUUGAAAUAAAUAAUAAAUUUGAUUAUUUCUCUAUCUUUCAGAUAGAGACAGGGGAUUUUUUGACUUCUUAUCUCUGUUGUGUAGCACAAUGUCCAGAACACAACAGAUAUUCCAUAUCCAUAGUCACACCCUAUGUAUGUGUAUUUCUUUUCCAGCAAGGACUAGAGGUCCUAAGCUUUGUUUGUAUGGUAAGCCAGUGCCCAAAUGAGCAGGAGAAUCUUAGCACAGUCACCUACACACUCAUUUCAAUGCUCUGGCCCCUUAUCCAAGCUAGUCAAAGUGUGGUCUAUGGUUUUGCAUUUUAAGGGAUCCCCGGGUGAAUCUUGUGGCUGUCAAAGGAGGAGAAGCACUGCCCUCAAAAUAUAGAAAAGGUGAACUAAUUUAUCCAGGCAGGCUGGCUAUUUAUUUGUGUAUUUAUUUAUCUUGUUGAUGGGAAAAUUCAAAUUGACAUACACAAUCACCCCUAUAAGGAUUUCAGGUAAAAAACAAAGGUUUAGAUAUCAGAUGUGUUUUACAAUUACCACACCAGUCUUUUUACUACAGCAUCUAGUAGCACAUUUCCAAUAGAUUUAGGUGAAAAUUUCUAUCUCGUGAGCCUUCUGUCAGUGUUUUUAAAAUUGGAUACUCUAUUAGUGGCCAUAUUGAAUCUCUUACAGGCAUCUCACUCAAACUGCAGUCAUACUUUCCAAUAGGCCCCAUAAAAAUCCUUGUUCUGGAGCAAUCUAAUGUAUUUAUCCACCUCGUUAGACACUUAGGUAAGUGUAAUAAUACAAGUUUUGUGUGUGUUUGUGUGUGUUGUGUACCUUGUGGCCUCUUGCCCAGUUUCUGCAACACCCGAAGCUGAUGCAAGUUUAACGUAAAUAACGUCCAGCAAUGUUAGAAAUGUUGACUUCUGUGAGCCCAUCAGGAAAAAAAGAUGAAUGUUAUUGUAGAGGAAAUUUUCAUUCUGGAAAAAAUGCAUACUGUUUAAAUAUUACUUUCAUGCUUUCUGCAGAUAUUAUACACAGAUAUUAUAUUCCAAGGGUUAUGUUUCAAAGUCUUCAAAAAUAGAAAAUACAUUUUAUAUUUCUAGCUGAAAAUAAUAACAGUAAUUAGCCUACCUUUGGGGAAAUGUGAUAAAAAUACUAAUGAACAUCACAACUCAUUUAAAAGCAUAAAAUGUGCAAUGAUUUAAACUACAUGUUCUUUCUAUGAAUCUGCAUAGAAAUAUAGACACAUUUGAUGAAUGCUAUUUAAAGUCUGAGUGCUUUGGUAAAUGAUUCAUCUAUAGGUUGAAGGGAUUACUUUUAUCUGCCUUCAUAGUGAGAAUUAGAUUUCUAUUCUUUAUAAAGCAGGGAAUACAGAUUGUGCAUGGAUUAAAAGCAUUCAAUCCUUAUUAAUAAUGAUGGUAGCUGCGCUGCAGAAAAGAAAGCCUGUCAGAGUAACGUAUUCAGUUUUACAUCAUAAUCAGAGGUAUGUCGAUCUCUGUUGAAGGCAGAAUUAAAAACGCCUUCAACAUUUUUAAAAUAAUAGAUGAAAAACAUCUCAAAGUCACUUUUAAAAUUUGAAUUGAUGAUUCCACAUAACAGGAAAAGGACCAAGAACAUCUUAAAUACUUCACGAUGGAAGUGAUGUUUUAAGUGCAAUUUCAUCAAGGAGAAGUUUUUCCAGAAAGUCUUUUGACCUCAGUAAGAAUCUUAUUUACUCUUGUAAAUAGUUUCUAGUAAAAUGAGAAAGACUUGAUUUUUUAAAAACAAUAAAAAAUUUACAUGGUUUAAUCUAAUGUUGUGAUUUCGAAAGUACUACUUGUGCCCUUAUAGUUACGCAUGUGUAUUUAUACGCAUUUUCUUGGCUCAUUCAAACGCCAAUAAAAUACUUUACUAUCCAGGCCCUUUAAAAGCCAAAUUAAUUUCUAAAAGUGAGGAUUGUAUGUAUGUGUGAGGUGUGCGCAGGUAUAUGCGUGUGAUGUGUAUGUAUGGUGUGUGUGUGUCUGUGUGUGUAGUAGGUUCAUGGGGUAUGUAUAUGUGUGUGUGGUGUGUAUUGUGGGUGUUAUGUGUGUAUACUGUGUGUAGUUUGCGGGUGGUGCAUGGUGUGUAUACGUGCUGUUUGUGAUGUAUGUGUGUGUGGUGUGUAUGUGUACUAUGUGUGGUGUGUGCGUGUGAUAGGUGUGUGUGCAGUGUGUGGUGUAUGUGAUGUGUGUGUGUGGUGCUGGGUGUGUGUGCACUGUGUGUAGUGUUUGAUGUGUGAUGUGUGUAGAAUGUGUGGUGUGUGUGUGCACAGUGUGUGUGGUGUGUGUGCUCUGUGUGUGUGGUGCUAUAUAUACGUGUGCAGUGUGUGGGGAGUAUGUGUGGAGUGUGUGACGUGUGUGGGGAGUAUGGGAUGUGUGUGGUGCUGUAUGUGUAUGUUGUGUGUGUAGUAGAUUCGUGUGUGUUGUGUGUGUGCAGUGUGUGGGGGGGUAUGGGUGUGUGCACAUUGUGCGGUGUGUGUGGGGAUGUGUGCACGUGUGCACAUGGUGUGUGUGCAGUGUGUGUGGUGUGUGGGGGUGUGUGUGCACAUGGUGUGUGUGUGGUGUAUCAGGGGUGUGCGUGUGUGCACCUGGUGUGUGUGCAGUGUGUGUGGUGUGUUGGGGUGUGUGUGCAUGUGCACAUGGUGUGUAUGCAAUGUGUGGUGUCUGUAUGUGGUGUGUGUACAUGUGCACGUGGUGUGUGUGCAGUAUGUGGGGGUGUGUGUGCAUGUAUACAUGGUGUGUGUGCAGUGUGUGGUGUCUGUGGGGUGUGUGUGCGUGUGUACAUGGUGUGGUGUGUGGGGGUGUGUGUGCGUGUAUACAUGGUGUGCUGCGUGCAGUGUGUGUGGUGUCUGUGUGUGGUGUAUGUGUGGGGCGUAUGUGUUUGCGUACAUGGUGUGUAUGCAGUGUGUGUGGUGUGUGCAUGUACACAUGGUGUGGCGUGUGAAGUGGGUUUGUGUGCAGUGUGUGGUGUCUCUGUGUGGGGUGUGUGUGCACAUGUGUGUGCGGUGUGUGUUUGUGAGGUGUGUGUGCGUGUGGUGUCUGUGGGGUGUGUAUGCGUGCACAUGGUGUGUGUGUGGUGUGUGUGCACAUGGAGUGUGUGCAGUGUGGUGUCUGGUGUGUGCAUGUGCACAUGCGUGUGCAGUGUGUGUGUGUCUAGGGUGUGUGCAUGUGCAGAUGGUUAUGUGCAGUGUGUGUGGUGUCUGGUGUGUGUGCACAUGGUGUGUGUGCAGUGUGGUGUCGGGUGCGUGUGCAUGUGCACAUGGUGUGUGGAGUGGGUGUGGUGUGUGUGUGGGGUGUGCAUGUGCACAUGGUGUGUGUGCAGUGUGGUGUCUGGGGUGUGUGCGUGUGCACAUGGUGUGUGUGCAGUGUGGUGUCGGGUGCGUGUGCAUGUGCACAUGGUGUGUGUGCAGUGUGUGGUGUCUGGGGUGUGUGCGUGUGCACAUGGUGUGUGUGCAGUGUGGUGUCGGGUGCGUGUGCAUGUGCACAUGGUGUGUGGAGUGGGUGUGGUGUGUGUGUGGGGUGUGCAUGUGCACAUGGUGUGUGGAGUGGGUGUGGUGUGUGUGGGGUGUGCAUGUGCACAUGGUGUGUGUGCAGUGUGGUGUCGGGUGCGUGUGCAUGUGCACAUGGUGUGUGGAGUGGGUGUGGUGUGUGUGUGGGGUGUGCAUGUGCACAUGGUGUGUGUGCAGUGUGGUGUCUGGGGUGUGUGCGUGUGCACAUGGUGUGUGUGCAGUGUGGUGUCGGGUGCGUGUGCAUGUGCACAUGGUGUGUGUGCAGUGUGUGGUGUCUGGGGUGUGUGCGUGUGCACAUGGUGUGUGUGCAGUGUGGUGUCGGGUGCGUGUGCAUGUGCACAUGGUGUGUGUGGGGUGUGCAUGUGCACAUGGUGUGUGUGCAGUGUGGUGGGUGUGUGUGCAUGUGCACAUGGUGUGUGGAGUGGGUGUGGUGUGUGUGUGGGGUGUGCAUGUGCACAUGGUGUGUGUGCAGUGUGUGGUGUCUGGGGUGUGUGCGUGUGCACGUGGUGUGUGCGCAGUGGGUGUGUGUGCAGUGCGGGGGGGGCGUGUGUGUGCGUGUGCACAUGGUGUGUGUGCGGUGGGUGUGGUGUCUGGGGUGUGUGUGUGUGGUGUCUGGGGUGUGUGUGUGUGUGCACAUGGUGUGUGUGCAGUGUGUGUGGUGUCUGCAUGUGGGGUGUGUAUGCAUGUGUGUGGGGAAAAGAAAGAGAUCAGACUGUUACUGUGUCUAUGUAGAAAGAAGUAGACAUAAGAGACUCCAUUUUGUUCUGUACUAAGAAAAAUUCUUCUGCCUUGAGAGGCUGUUAAUCUGUGACCCUACCCCCAACCCUGUGCUCCCUGAGACAUGUAAUGUGUCAAGUCAAGGUUAAAUGGAUUAAGGGCUGUGCAGGAUGUGCUUUGUUAAACAAAUGCUUGAAGCCAGCAUGCUUAAGUCACCACCAAUCCCUACUCUCAAGUACCCAGAGACACAAAACACUGCGGAAGGUCACAGGGACCUCUGCCUAGGAAAGCCAGGUAUUGUCCAAGGUUCCUCCCCAUGUGAUAGUCUGAAAUAUGGCCUCGUGGGAAGGGAAAGACUUAACUGUCCCCCAGCCUGACACCCAUAAAGGGUCUGUGCUGAGGAGGAUUAGUAAAAGAGGAAGGCCUCUUUGCAGUUGAGAUAAGAGGAAGGCAUCUGUCUCCUGCUCGUCCCUGGGCAAUGGCAUGUCUCCGUGUAAAGGCCGAUUGUAUAUUCCAUCUACUGAGAUAAGGGAAAACCGCCUUAGGGCUGGAGGUGGGACAUGCUGGCAGCAAUACUGCUCUUUAAGAAAUUGAGAUGUUUAUGUGUAUGAACAUCAAAAGCACAGCACUUUUUUCUUUACCUUGUUUAUGAUGCAGAGACAUUUGUUCAUAUGUUUUACUGCUGACCUUCUCUCCACUAUUACCCUAUUGUCCUGCCACAUCUCCCUCUCUGAGAAACUCCCGAUAAUGAUCAAUAAAUACUAAGGGAACUCAGAGACUGGUGCCGGUGCGGGUCCAUACUUUGUCUCUGUGUCUCUUUCUUUUCUCAAGUCUCUCAUUCCACCCAACGAGAAAUGCCCACAAGUGUGGCGGGGCAGGUCACCUCUUCACGUGUGCACAUGGUGUGUGUGCUGUUUGUGUGGUGUCUGUGUGGGGUGUGUGCACAUGUGCACAUGGUGUGGUGUGUGCAGUGUGUGUUAUGAGUGACUGCUUCUCUUAGUAUGUGGACAUCAGUCUUCCAGACCAGCUUUCUCCAUGUGUCUGGGAACAUAAGAAACAAGUUUCUGCAAUAAUUGUUACACAACUUUUCCCGAGAGGGACCAAAUCUCUGUCGUGAGUGGGUAUCUGCGUCAUUGCAGGAGGGAAUGUGAUGUCCUGGCUUGGUUCACACCCUCUGUGGGUUUAGUCAGGGUUCCUGCUGGAUCCCUCACUGUGGCCAGAGAGGGAGGGCUCUGUUUAACCACAGGGAACCAGAAGAGGACUGGUGUGUGGGAAGACCAGGUAAUCAUAAUGGUAUUAAAUAAUAGUGGUAAUAAUACUGUUUUAUACAUUGUAUAUGUCAUAAGGAUUUUAACUUUCAUGUAACAUAAUUGUUGUAAAAAUGUCCCCAGUUUGUUUCGUGCUAUUUACCUGGUGUUGAAAUGUGUAAGAAUUUAUGUUUUAGGUAUGUUAGGUUUAUUCCUUUUUAUAUAGUUUCUGUUUGAAAUUUUGAUUUCAGAAGCCAUUCAUUCUCAAGGUCGUAAAACACACACACAUCUAAUUUUCUUUUUUUUACAUUUAAUACUGUAAUUAACUUUUAUGUAAGGUGUGGGACCAUGAUUCAAUUGUAUCAUUUUAUAUUCUCAAAUCAUUACCCAAUAUUUUAAUAUCAUAAAUGGAAAAAUCGCUGUUUUGUGGGUUUAAAAUGUUACCC